AUAGCAAACAUAGCCCUAUCGAUUCCGGCAUACUCCGGCCGGCUCCGAGUAGGCCAGAGGUACAAACGACUGGCCGGCUCGGUGCUUGGCCUGUCUUGUCUGCCCGGCCAGGGCGCAGAUGAACUCGGGCUCCGUCGCCUCGACGUCCUCCUCACCACGGCCCCUCGUGUCCUCACGGUCAGAUGCCCAUUCAGUUUGGGUCGUCUGGGCCGAAAGGGUCUCGAGAGCGAAGCCUAUCAGAAGGGAACCAUGAAGAACUGGUUUGCCGACUUCUAUUCAUAUGAUUGCUGA